GCUGCUACGGACCGACGAUUGCACUGGCGCAAGAUCCUCGACGAGGCCGCCAAUGCGCACACGGAGGCAGAAGACAAGCUUGCGGAGGCGACGGAGUGGCGUGACCAGUGCGCGGCGAACUUCGACUCCGCCCAACGCGAGGAGGCCGACCUCCUCAUCCUCAGGGCCAGAGAGACGGGCGCUGCGGCCGCAUCCGUCGACCCGUCUCGCCAGGUCACCGUCAACUUCGACGCCGAGAGUUUCGAGGACUGGGAGGACUUGGAGGAGCAGGCCCAGGAGGAGCUCCGCAAGCUUUGCACGGAGGGUAAGACCAUCAUGGAGGAAGCGAGGGCCAACUUCGAGGCCAACUGUCGCAUGCAGCAGCAGAGGGCCAAGGAGUUCCGCGAGGCCCAGAAGAAGCGCAGGCGGGUGCAGGAGGACCCCGCCUCCCCAGCGCCGGGCCCGCCGCCGCGCCAGGAGGCCCAUGCGGCUUCGGAGGCGACGACGGCCGCAGGCGGUCAGACCCCAGAGAGCGCAGCCGAGGCAGCAGCCAAGGCCCGCGCUGACAAGGAGGCAGCGGAGCAGGAGCGCAGUGCCAAGCAGAUUGGCGAGGCUGCGUCCAUGGCCAGCCGCACAGCCAAGACCGCCGCUGCCGCGAAGGCCAAGGGCUUCCACCUGCCCGACUACACGUCGGCCUGGACCUCGCGGUACGUCGACAUGGCGCCCAUCCAGUUUGCCAACAUCACUGAGUACGGCCCCCAGGCUGCCAAGUUCCUCGCAGAGAGGGGCAAACGCAAGUACAAGGCCAUCGCGUUCGUGGAGACCCGCGCCACGGCGGAGCAGCUGACGGCCACCCAAGUGGCCCUGGGCAAGGAUGGCUGGAGGGUGGCUGGCACGCCGGCCACGCCCUCUGGCAAGGCCAAGUCGGGCACCUCUGGAGGGGACAUGCGGUGCCUCGACAAGACCUUGGCGGCGACGACGUACGAGUGCCAUCGGCGUCGCCAUCUUCUAGCCACGCGGAAGGAGAUCUUCGUCGGUUUCUGCCUUGUGGUCCUCCACCUGAAGGAGGGCAAUGUGGUCUUGGUGGCGAUGAACCUGCAGCCAGGACUCAAGUUUGGUGGCGUCAACCGCAAUCGGCUCCUGGCGGUGGGCAGCUACGCGUCCACCCUGCCCGACCCGUGGGUCCUCCUUGCGGACUGGAACCUCGAGCCCCCUGAGUGGGACAGGAGCGAGUGGCCUGGCAAGAUUGGCGGUGCGGUGGUUACCCCAUCGAAUGCAAGAACGACCUGUGGCAAGGGUCAGGGCCGCAUGUACGACUAUGCAGUGGCUAAGCAAGGGUGGCAUCAUCGGCUCCGCCUUCAGGCCAUUUUCGACGUCCCGCGGAAGACCCACUGUGCGAUCGAGGUCAUCAUCGAAGGUUCCGACCGCCGAUGGCAUCACGACGAGCUCGCUGUUGCCCGCAGCCCCCCAGUUCGAGCGAGGCCGCCCAAGGGGCCAGACCCAGAGAGCAAGACCUCGAGGCGCAAGGCGGAGGCCCUGCAGUCGCGGGCCCGCGCCUUGCCGCGGCAGCUCCAGGAGACGUUCCUCGAGAUCCACGAGCAGGGCGAGGACCAGCACCCUGAGGGCGCGAAGCCUUUCUUCAUCACGGAGGACGUUUGGUCCAGCUGUUGCCCAGCAUUGGGAGAUCCUAUCCCGCGAGCUGGUCAGAUGGAGUACUUCAUCAAUGCCAGUCGCCCCGACGACGUCCAGGAGGUCAGCCUGGCGUAUGGCAAGUGGAUCUCCCAGUUUGAGGAGGCCCAUAUUGCCGUCGAGCGGAUCCCCCCUGAUCAGGCCAGGGCUUGUCGAGGUCGGGCGCAUGGGCAUUCCAUCAAGCGGGUCAAGGCGAAUACCACCCCAGGGAGGGCCCACACGGUGGACGCUGGUGUAGAGCUGUGGAGCACCCUGACGACCUUGGCCAUUCGGGCCCGCGCCCUGGUGGCGAACAAGACGGACAGCGACCAGUUGGACUACGUCUUGGGCGACCUCGAGCAGCGGUGUGACAUUAUCGCGGACGAGGGCCACCGCGCCAGGUAUUUCGGCAAUGCUCUCAGUGCUGAGUUGGAGGAGUGGAGGCAUGCGAAGGAUGCUCUCCUUGCGUCCAUCGGAGAUGACUUCCACCUCAUGCCAUCCUCCGGCCUCAUUGGCGCACUCGAUCCAUUCAUAGAGGUGUCCGAGCGUCGGUCGAGCAGGGCCUCGGGCAGAUCCCAUGCCAAGGCACGUCGCGGCUUCAUCAAGUGGGCGAUGGAGUCCUGGAAGUCCAAGGCGGGGGUUGUGUAUAGGCACGUGCGCGAGCCGCAGGUACAGCAGACUGAGGUGCGUUUGCGGGACACUGCUGUUGCCGACCCGUGCACUAUCAUGCGAGUGAAGACUGACGUUUGGGAAAAGGUGUGGUCGGACCCUGAGUUCGACGAGGGCCAGGUCCUACAGGAUUUGGGGGAUCCCCGCGCGCGUGCUGCUGAGGAACCCCUGGAGCCCAUCACCUUGGAGAUGCUGGCUGCGGCGCUGUCUCGGACGUCGUCCAAGAAGGCGAAGGGCAUCGACAACAUCACGGCACUGGAUAUCGCUCGCUGCCCCCCGUCGGCGCGGCAGCAGCUGGUCGACCUGCUCAACUUAGUCGAACAGCGGGCCAUCUG